UUGAAAAUCACACCCAAGGUCGCUGCUCGUCACAGCUUUUUGGCGAUUGGCUCCUCCCGUUAGAAUUGGGAAUCCAGGGCAGUUGGUUUCUCCGGCGAUAGUUGCUCUUUCGAGCGACUCACUUACUCUCAUUCAAUCGGCUAGUGAUGCUGGAAGCUGCCUCGAUACAAUUCUACGGCGGGGAUAAUACGAAUACUUUGGCUCAAUUGCAGCAGCACAUUGCGAACAAUAGCCGAGAGUAUCGUCAUCACCCUGGUUUACCCACGACUAAAAUCAUGCUCGCUCCAGAGCCCCCGGGUCUUCCUCCAUUAGAGGCAAUAUAUAUGGAUGAGCAACUUCGAUUUUAUGAACAAGAGAAUGGGAAAAUAUCUUACGGUGAUCUCCAACCAAUCGUGUUUGAGAGCAAUGACCAUAUGCCUCCAAGUACUCCUCAAGAUCUUCUACCCAGCCAAAGGCCAUUUAGCUUUGACGAUAUUGGAGAUUUAGAGUCCGAUAAACCAUGGCAAUUCAAACCACCAGACCAAUGGCAAUCAGCAGAGGUAAUAGACUGGAUAUUCCAUUGGGCAGCGCAAAAUAGAGUUGAUCUCCUGGAUGUAAAUAUGCUCAUAUUCAAUACUCUGACAGGACGAGAUCUAUGCAGAAUGACAAGACACGAAUUUUGCUCCAUCGACAAUCAGUACGGAAGUGCCCUCUACGAUACCUUGCAGUAUUUGAUUGCCCAAUACAGUGGACAAUCUGCAAUUCAGGAUCAACACCUAUUGCCUUCUGACCAUGAUUUGGUAGAAGAUGUCGAAUGGGACAAAUGCUCUCGAUGGCAUAAUGUUUUCGCAGUUGAUACUCAAGGUCCAAGCCCAGCAUCAGGAUAUUCAGGAUGCGAUUCUGACCGUGAAAGUGCAAGUAGCAGUAUCAGUACAGUAAACGAAAGAUCGGAUCUUGGUCUCUUGCUUAACCAUUCUUCGGCGAAAACCUUCAUUAAACCACAAGGUACAGGAAUCUGUAUUAAAAAAGUUGGCAGAAGAGGAAGACCCCCGAAGAAGGAUGGGAAACUCGGGAGAAAACAAGGUAAGGGAACAGGUAAGCUGUGGGAGUUCAUCCGAGAUCUGCUACUGAAUCCAGCUACCAAUCCAAGCAUGAUACGCUGGGAGCGAAGAGAAGACGGAAUUUUCAAAUUCGUUCAAUCAGAUAAAGUGGCUCGCCUUUGGGGAGAUCGUAAACAGAACCCAAGGAUGACUUACGAGAAGCUCAGCAGAGCUAUGCGCUAUUACUACAAAAGUCAGGUUCUUCUUCCAGUCUUUGGACGUCGUCUUGUAUACAAGUUUGGCCCAAAUGCAACUGGUUGGAGACCUAUAAUACAUCCUUCCCAAGUAAUGUGAGGAUGAGUCUAAUUAUUCAGCAUAGGAAUCAUAAGUGGUUAAAACAUCAAGUGGAAUUGCAUGCAUAAACACUUCCCAGCAAUUGCAUGUAUCAAAAUGAUGUAAUUAGGUUUCUUAAUCAUGUGAAUGAGCAGGAAACAAAGGCUAGCGAUACAUUCAAUACAAAUAGUGUUGUUUCUUUUUUUCCAAAAUUGCAUAUUAAAAUAGUUUUGACUAAACAAGCAUUAAUUACAAGGGGAAAAUAUAAGACUUCAAGAAUAACACAUUUUAUUGUAUUUAAUUAUUUGGGGAGGAUUUGAAGGACAGGAAACAACUAUUAUUCUCUUAGAAACAAAAAUUACUCUUAACCUUUUUUUGUUUGUUUGUUUGUUGAAAUAAGUCUCCUAAAACUCAUACAAAAUACAAAUAAAUUGCAAAGUAUUAUAAUAUCUUACGUAAAUUUGUAAAAUGUUUUGAUACAUAAUGCCUAUUCACAAAGAAGAAUAGUUAGGUCACAUUUUUAAGAGCUUUAUAAUUUUUUCUUCAAUGACACUAUUUCUAUAGCUGUUGUCAAAUUGAUUAAAUUACUCUCAAGUGUAUUUAAAAUCAUUUCAAUUCAAAUAAAAUUUUAAACUGUUUCAGAGGUUGACCAAUCAAUAAAAUUCAGUAUAUAAAUAAAAUAUUCAGGUUUUACAUAAAAAUAAAAUGUGCAUCAAACAUAUGUAGUUAAAUUUUGAUUACAAUCGAAUUAUUUUAACUAUAUUGAACUGCAAAUAAAUUUUCAAAUACAUUUUUUUUCAAAUGAGUUUUGUGCAUAAAAAAUGGUGAGUGAUUAUGUAAAUAUAUAUAGGAUAUGUUUUGUAUACAGUUUUUAAAUUGGGAAAGAUGUAUGUGGGAAAAUAAUCUUUCAGAGUUAUAUAAGUUAUAGAGUAUAUAAAAGUAUACAAGUUAUAUUUUUCCUCAAAAAGAGUUCCAAGCAUGCCUCUAUUAUUCAUUGCAUCACAUCUUUUUCUGUAAAACGCAAUUACCUGUUUCUCAAAAAAUUGAAGAAAUUUAUAUUUUCUUAAGAAGUUGUAAAUAUUUAAAUGUGAAAUUUUAAUACAUUAAUAAAAAGCAUGAAAUAUGUCACAAAGCAUGCUUAAUACUUAAUAUUCUUGUGUAUUUCUUCAUGUUAAUUUUUCAAAUAAAUAUUUUUGAUAUAUUUUAAUCUGGCAUUUGAUUUUUCAUUCCAUAAGUGUAGAGUAAUGAAAAGACAUUUAGUAACAGUAGUUAACUAACAUAACAUAGUUUAGUAUUAA